AUGGCGUUCUCCGCCGUGCAGAGGGUGGCCCUGGCCUCGGGGCUUAUCCUGGCGGUUUCGCUGCUGCUGCCCAAGGCGUUCUUGUCGCGCGGAAAGCGGCCGGAGCCUGCUGCGCCCGAAGGAAAACUGAGCCGAUUUCCACCCACGAUGCAUCAUCACCAGACCCCUUCUGAUGGCCAAACUCCUGGGACUCGAUUCCAGAGGUCUCACCUUGCAGAAGCAUUUGCAAAGGCCAAAGGAGCAGGUGGGGGCACUGGAGGAGGAGGGAGUGGAAGAGGCCUAAUAGGGCAGAUUAUUCCAAUCUAUGGCUUUGGAAUUUUCUUGUAUAUACUAUACAUUCUAUUUAAGCUCUCAAGGGGGAAAGCGACCGCAGAUGAUCAGAAACGCUCCACUGCCAUACCUGGAAACACCCACCGGAAGAUUACCAAUUUUGAGCUUGCUCAACUGCAAGAAAAGCUGAAGGAGACAGAGGAAGCCAUGGAAAAAUUAAUCAACAGAGUGGGGCCUAAUGGUGAGAGAGCAGAGACUGUGACUUCUGACCAAGAGAAACAGUUGUUGCGUCAGCUCCGAGAAAUCACCAGGGUCAUGAAAGAAGGAAAAUGUGUCGAUGGACCCACUCCAGAGAAAGAAGCCGAGGAGGCUCCUUACAUGGAAGACUGGGAAGGUUAUCCCGAGGAGACUUACCCCAUCUAUGACCUUUCAGACGGCAUCAAGCGUAGACAAGAGACAAUCCUGGUGGAUUACCCCGACCCAACAGAGCCUUCUGCUGAAGCUCUAGCUGAGAGAAUGGGGGGACUAGGAGAAGACUCCGACCAUUCGGGCUGGGGAGGUCUGCCCACUGAUCCCCCGGCCCAGGGGGAGAAUUCUGUAACCUCUCGUGAUGACCCAGAGCCAGCAGCAUGUGCUGACCGCUUCGGUGAAGAAGAGAACCCUGCUGUCUUGGCUGAGAAUGCUGGAUCCAGUGCAGACAGCUACAGUGAGCAGGAGGAAACCACUAAAGAGGAGUGGCCCCAAGACUUCCGGGAUGAGGGUGCAGGCAUCGACGAUGAUGGUAAAGCACACCCCGGGGCCAUGCUGCGGAAGCGGAACCUCCAGAGUUUAGAAUGAAGACAGCCAGUUUGGUGAGGUAGCCAUGACUGUGGUCCUCUCUCAGAUUUCCUGUACUUCAUUCAUUCAUAGCUGUCGGACCAUUGCCAUGGCAUCAUGUAGCUGUCCUGUGCUCACACACCUGUCACCUUGUAAAACAUCGUAGAGGUUAGUGUGAAUGCAAACAGCGUUUCUCCCACCAGAGAAGUUGACCCAUUGAGGAACUUUGUUUGGUUUAUCCUAACUGCAGAUGGGGCCACUUGGGGGCGAGGAUCUGGCUCCUCCUGCUAGGAGUGAGAUGGGUUCCCUGUAAGUGAGCAGACAUGAAUGAGGACUUGGAAGAGUGAAGAUUUCAGACUCUUAGGUCCUGUGGGCCUUGAGCAGGUUUGUGGCCCCCUGGGAGACACAAGCAUUUUGUUUUGAGGGACGGUGGCCACAGAGUAGGCUAAGACAGUUCUCCGCGCUGAAGCCUCGUCUUUACACCUGCACUCUUUCCAGGUUUGAAGUUGCCCCAAUUCAGUGUCGCAGAAGACCCCUCAGAAUGAGCCCAGAGGCCUGUCUUGGGGACUCUUUUGCCUGAAUGUUGCCUGGUCUGUAACUUCCUUUAUCCCUGCUGUGCCUAACUGAAUGGCCCUACUUAGACCCACCGUCGACCUUUUGGUCUUCAGUGGCCAGAGGAAGGUUUCCACGGGAAACUUUAGACCUUACCUUGCAAAGUCAAGGUUGGAGGCCUUUGGAAGGCCUGCCCAAGAGUGAUAGUCCUGUCAUGAGGCGCUCAGAAGGCUAGCCAACAAGGGAGAGGCCCCUACCCUGACAAUGUCUUUGCCUAGAAGCAACUUCUUAAUGUUGCGUGCUCCAGGAAAUGUGUCCCCACACCACAUCCAUUGAAACGGAAGUGCAGACUGAGGCUGUGUACAAAGUACCAGCCCAACACGGAUGUCGCUGAGAACCUGUGCCACGUGCAGAGGGGAAGAGACCGUGAUGGAUAUUCAGAUAGCUGAGUCUGUUGAGGAGUCCUGGGCCCACAGUGGGUUAUGCAUUGGUUUAGGUACCAGGAAUAUACUAAUAUAUCAGGAAUCCUGAUACUACUUUUGAUAAGUUCGGGGUUUUUGAGAAGUGUCCUUCAGGGAUAGCCAUUUUAGGUGAGCAGGAUGAGGGCAUCCUGGGACGGGUCUCUGUUGCUGCGCUUUCCUCCCUCAUACCUCGGAGCCGGCCUGGUGGGACACCCCCCACCCCCGCUGCUCGGGAGAAAGGUGAGCAGGCAGGCUAAGUCUAGCUGGUCAAGAUUAGUCUUGGAAACCGGAAGGGGAAUUCUACUCCAUUCGAUAAUAGGGUCACUACGAGUUGGAAUUGACUCGAAAGGCGUGCGUUUUGGGGGUUUGAGUCAUAGGAGAGCUGGGGAAAGUAGAUUAAUGGGGGUACAUUUUCAUCAGGCUAAAGGCUUGAUCUAAACUGCCGUCUGUUACAUGGUGUCUUGAAAGGAGGUGAGACCCAAGGAUUCCAACAAGGAUGAGGGAAUGUAUAGCUUACAUGCCAGGCCUGUUCCCCUGAGAAUACUGCCAGUCUUCAAAUGUGGGAGACCUGACGAGGAAGACCGGAUGUCCAGCAGCUCUUCGUGCCCCAGAGUUCCAGUGAGCCUGGCCUGGGAGUGCCGAAGUCACCCCCGCAAGCAUGCAGGACCAGAGACGCCACUGCAGACGGUGUCAGGACUGUGGCUCUGCCCACCUUGGAGUGAAGCACGUGACUCACCUUGCAAAGAACGAAGCAGUUGUAAAUGUUCCGAAGCCCACCUAGAGGUGAUACUAAAGGUGACAACACAGGUGCUCUUCCCUGUUUUGUUUCCCACACUCCAUUCAAUGAGGAAAGCACUACGUCCCUGGUUAAAGGCGGAAAUGUCUGUCUUGCCUUAUGAAAGAAAUACUUCUGUUCCCCUGUAGCCGCUUCAUACAUUUAUUAGUGGACCCUGCUGACUACCAGACACUGGGAACAAACAGCUGAAUCCCUGCCUUUGCGUAGCCCAAUCUAACAUGGAAGCCUGCGUGCGAUACGGCAUGAACUAUGAGACCAGAGGCACUCACCUAGGGCUCAAAGGUCAUGAGUUCUAUAAGCUUAGAAACAUGCACCCUAGUCCCAUCCCUGCUCGUUCUUGCUCUAGGACCUUGUACUGGCUCCUUAGCACCUCUACAAAUUAAAGAUCGUAAUAUGUAUUCCUUAGGAUGAUUAAUAAGGGUGCAUGCAACUACUGGUUCGACCUCCUACUGAUAACCAGGGAAUAAAUGGUAGCAGUUUCAUUUCUCGUUA